UCAGACGGGCUGCAAACCUCCCUGAAAGCAGCCGAGCGUUGGCACUGUGGGCUUUGGACUGGUUGGAAGAGGACUAAAGCAAGAACCCGAGCAUGGCAACGGCGAGCACCUCAGGGCAGAGCGCCUUCGGGUUGGGCAGGAAAAAGAAGAACCCCGGGCUGAUGGAUCAGAUUAGCAAAUUCUUUGGAGGAGACAAAAAGAAGAGGAGCAAGGGGUCUUUCCGAGGUCACCUGGCCGCCUCCCCCCAGCAAUCCUCCUCUCGCCGUCGGACCAAUGAAAACGCUGUGGUGCAUUUCUUCAGGAGCAUUGUUUCCUCUCCUCGUCCUAAAUCCAGGGUGACGUCUUUUUCUAGGCUUCGUCACCGCGUGCCGAGAGCACAAAGUCGCCCAUCAGAAGACGCAGAGACCAAAGCACACUGUCCAGGAUCUUCAACCUGGGAGACACCAAGUCCCGCCCUCCCCCUAAACGCUGGAGCACCAUCUUCUAAACUCGCCGCCGAGGAUCCGACCACAGAUCCAUCGAUGGGAUUAAAAGCAGGAGAAGAAGAAGGAGAAGAAGGAGAAACAGAUCUGCAUGCGGCGGACUCACAACCUCAAGAAAUGUUAACCCACUAACACAAGCCUCCUGUACGUUUAGACAGAGACACAACAUUGGCGGAGUAGAAAAAUCCACUCGUAGGCGGCCAGUUUUCUUUUUAAUCCCACUUCUAAGGAGUUAUUUAGCUGUUUAUGAGAGGUCCAGUCACGCUUUAAGUAAAAAAAAAAAAACCCUACUGUAAGAAUCAUCUGUGUCCAAUGGUGCUAGUGUCUGCUGUCUGCUGUCCGAGGUUUGUUCAAGGCAGAUGUUUGUUUUUUUUUCUAUUUGUCGACCGUCACAUUGUGCAUUUUUGUAUUCGCUUCGUGGAUCCUUGCUGCUUUCUAGAACUUACACGUCACAUUGUUUUCUAUGGACUGAGAGCGGUUCUGUUAAAACCGGAAAUCUGUGCGAGUAGCGUCGACUCUAACACUGUUUUUAUGUAACUGUUUUGGUUAUGCGUCAGUGUGAUUAACCGACAUGUACAGUAUGACGCUGCCUAAAUCGAUCAGUAAAUUUUUAAAAAGGCCCUUUUCGAAUGCACUGUUACGUAACCGAGAAACACCCUAAAAACUAGUCUCUUCCACUGCUUCGGCAUCGAUCUCAUUUAGUGUAUUUUAUCUGUUUGCAUCUUAAAUUCAGUUGUGAUGUUGUUUGUGUUUCAUUUCGAGGAUGACAGACGCUUCGGUUGGUUUCGGUCGAUGGUUUGAUCGCAAGUGGUUCAGAGGGGUUUAGGACGGAGGCAGCAAGGUGGCGCGAGGGGUUCGGUACUGCGGGACGGCGAGUCGGAUUCAAACGCUCUGACGAAUUAUCUGUCACUUUUCUUUUUGUGCAUAAUAAAUCACGCUGCCACUCUCGUUUGUGCGUCAUCUGUCUGUGCGUUCAGCAGCACUGUGGAGGUCGAGCAGGAACUGACACGUAGACAACUGUGGUGUUUCAUCUCAAUGUAAAACUCUUGUUGUUAAUGUGCAGCCUAACUGGUAACAAACACCUUUAGUCUUAAGAGUUAUUAAAUGUUUUAAAAUUCAA